GUUCGUGGUGGAUCGAUUUGUUGCUGCUGUUGCUGUCACUGCUGCUGCCGCCACCAUCAUGGACGUGGUGUCGGCCGUGAAGCAGUAUGUGUGCAAGAUGAUCGGCGAGACGGGGCCCGGCAUGAAGGUCCUGCUCAUGGACAAGGACACGACCAGCAUUGUCAGCAUGGUCUACUCCCAGUCGGAAAUCCUCCAGAAGGAAGUGUACCUCUUCGAGAGGGUGGACUCUGUCAACCGCGAGCCCAUGAAGCAUCUGAAGGCCGUCUGUUUCAUCCGGCCCGUCAAGGAAAGCAUCGAGCUGUUGGUGCAAGAACUAAGACGGCCCAAGUAUGGAUUAUACUUCAUCUACUUCAGCAAUGUGGUGAGCAAGAGCGACGUGAAGACGCUGGCCGAGGCAGAUGAGCAUGAGGUCGUGCGGGAGCUGAAGGAGUUCUAUGCUGACUAUAUUGCCAUCAGUCCCCACAUAUUCUCCUUGAACCUCACCGGCUGCUCACAGGGUCGCAGCUGGGAUCCGGUGCUGCUGACACGAGCCACCCUCGGACUCACAGCCGUGCUGCUGUCACUCAAGAAGUGCCCGGUGAUUCGGUACCAGCACUCGUCGGAGCUGGCACGCCGCCUCGCCGAGUGUGUCAAGCAAAUGAUUUCUAAGGACGCGGCGCUGUUCGAUUUCCGCAAGACAGACGUCCCCCCGCUGCUGCUUGUGCUCGAUCGCAACGACGACGCCAUCACGCCGCUGCUCAACCAGUGGACCUACCAGGCCAUGGUGCACGAACUCCUCGGCAUCAACAACAACCGCAUCGACCUAUCGAGCGUGCCGGGUGUGGGUCGCGACCUCAAGGAGGUUGUGCUCUCCUCCGAGCACGACGACUUCUACGCCAGCAAUAUGUACCUGAACUUUGGUGAGAUUGGCACGAACAUUAAGAACCUAAUGGAAGAAUUUCAGAAAAAGUCUAAAAGCUCGCAGAAGGUGGAGUCCAUCGCUGAUAUGAAGGCAUUUGUGGAGAACUAUCCCCAGUUCAAGAAGAUGUCGGGCACCGUGUCAAAGCACGUGACGGUGGUGGGGGAGCUGUCGCGGCUCGUGGCCUCUCGCUCCCUUCUCAGCGUUUCUGAGCUCGAGCAGGAGCUGGCCUGCCAGAGCGACCACUCUAGCGCACUGCAGAGCCUGCGGCGCAUGCUGCAGCAGCCCAAGGUGAGCGAGCUGGACGCGGCACGGCUCGUGAUGCUCUACGCUCUGCGCUACGAGCGCCACAGCAGCAACAACCUGUCCGGACUGCUCGAGGACCUCUCGCGCCGCCAGGUCUCCUCGCAGUACCGCCAGCUGGUCAACUCCGUUCUGGAGUACGGGGGGUUACGCGUACGUGGGAGUGACCUGUUUGGAAGCCAAGACCCCAUGUCCAUCACCAAGCAGUUCUUCAAAGGCCUCAAGGGCAUCCAGAACGUGUACACACAACACCAGCCCCUGCUGGCUGACACCCUGGACCAGCUGCUCAAGGGCCGUCUCAAGGAGGCCAGCCACCCCUACCUGGGCUCCAGCAGCCUGCGCGACAGGCCGCAGGACGUCAUCGUGUUCAUGGUUGGCGGGGCGACGUACGAGGAGGCGCUGACCGUCUACAACCUGAACCGUACGAACCCAGGCGUGCGCGUCAUCCUCGGAGGGACCAACAUCCAUAACACACGCAGUUUCCUGGAGGAGGUGACCAAGGCCACACAGACGAGCGCCAGCGCGAGGUCUGGCAGCAGCAGCACCACCGCUCGCUCGGGGACACGCAGAUGAGCAGGGGCCCUCUCGCCCUUGCAGUGGGAUCUGCCCUGGCACACGGUGGGACCCAGAACUCUCCUUGUGUGCCUCCUGUGUAGGCACGCAUUGUCGACAACUCAUCCUCAUAAAAUACGACCCCAGUUACUGUUUUGAUGUGGUGACCAACCUUGGGGUCGUGACCCGAGGGACGGUGGGUAGGAGGGAACGGUCAUGAAUGACGUCACCGCAGUGUCUCGUGUCAGGGGUAACGAGCCUUGCACGUGAUGCUUGUGAACCCACACCAUGCGCAUGCUGAUGCCAAGGUGUGGCAAUCAUUAUGCUUCACAUUUCAAGGUGUGUUCAGUGGCUGUGUUGUUAAUGGCUGCUUUUAAGAUAUUGCCACUGCAGAUGUUAUGUUUUUUUCUUAUCUCUAGUUCUUAAUUAUUCGAGACCAUUAUUGGGACCAAGUAUUAAUAUUUGGGAUGCUUUAACUGGGACUCCAACCCUGGUCCGUGCACUCAUAGGUUGGCCACACUUGCCCCUCACACCUGCCACCCGAGUAAUUUACAUAGAGGAGGCCAAACGUGCCUGAUGAGCGUCCCGUAUAGUAGUGCCGCGUCCCAGCAUUUUGGUAACUCUCGCAGGAGGACAUCGUGAGGCCUUGGUGAUCGGCCUCAAGCCGAGAGGCUGUCGUGGCCGCCUGUCUGCACCCUUCGCCGCAGGGGUCACCGUCACCUCCACCCGGCACCGCUCACGCGGCACCGCUCGCCCACCGAGCAGCUUGUCCCACCCUCGAGGGUUGCUCGGUUUGCAGCUCCGUACCUCAUUGCCCGCCACAUUCCCAGAUUUCCAAUUUGGCCAAUGAUUCUAAUUUGUAUGCGUCGGUGUCGGUGCCUGCAGCACUCUCAUUCAUUGGAUAAGCAAUUCCUUGCGGGCACAGGGGCUGUAGUGCAGAGAGAGCCUUGAUACAGGCACCGAUUGACUGUCCCUAUCUCCCUCUGCCCAGGAUUCAUAUCUGCUUCCCAGAUCUCUGCGCUGGCUAAUUAUACUCCAUCACAUGUAUGACGUGCAGGUGUAAAUUGACGAGCGAAGUGGGUAAUACGCAGUUUGUGUACAUCUGUUCAUUGGUCGACGUGAAAAGGUGGUGGAUCAUAAUGGACUGGACUGCUCUGGUAUUUAUUAACAAUCGUGUUGUCCACGGCGACUUGUUUGUGUUGGUCGUCGAUUAAUUUAAAACUGCAGCAUGAAUUAAUUGUGGGAAUUUGUACAUUUAUUGGAGUUGAUCUAUACAUUAAAACAGUGGUGAACACAUUUUUAUAGCA